GAGCACCUUGUAUCUCUCCACACACACACACAAGCCGCAGACCACGGGCAUCUCCGAGCUGCACCCAGGAGCACCCGACUCCUUAGAAGAGGUCUCCACGGCAAGCUGCGCCAAGCAUCUGGGACGCACAGGGUUCUUAGUCCCUUGAAGAUGAAGGCUGCAAUGUCACUGGUGGGAAGCCAGGGCAUUAUCUCCGUCACCGAGAUCCUUAUUGCCUCUGCUGUCUUCUGUCUGACGUUCAUGGUCAUCAGAUCCUUCCGGCAGCAGAUCCCCAAGGGGCUGAAGAGGCUCUCAGGACCAAGGGGUUACCCCCUGAUUGGCAAUGUGCUGGAGCUGGGGAGCAAUCCACACCUGACCUUGACUCAGAUGAGCCAGAAGUAUGGAGAUGUGAUGCAGAUACAGAUCGGCACCAGACCUGUGCUGGUGCUGAGUGGGUUGGACACCAUCAAACAAGCCCUGGUGAAGCAAGGGGAGGUCUUCAUGGGGCGCCCUGAUCUCUACAGCUUUCGCAAUAUUGGAGAUGGCCAGAGCUUGACCUUCAGCACUGAUUCAGGGGAGGUGUGGAGAGCUCGCAGGAAGUUGGCCCAGAAUGCCCUGAAGACCUUUUCUGUUUCGCGCAGCCCCAACUCUUCGUCCACCUGCCUCCUCGAGGAGCAUGUCUCCAAAGAAGCUGACUACCUAGUAAGAAAGUUUCUGCAACUGAUGGAGGAAGAGAAGAGGUUUGACCCCUAUCGGUACAUGGUGGUCUCUGUGACCAAUGUAAUCUGUGCCAUGUGCUUUGGCAAGCGUUACAACCAUGAUGACCAGGAGCUGCUCAGUAUGGUAAACCUGAGCAAUGAAUUUGGGGAGGUGGCUGCCUCUGGCAACCCUGCAGAUUUCAUUCCAGUGCUCCAGUAUCUCCCUAGCCGCGCCAUGAAAAUUUUCAAGGAUCUCAAUAAGAAGUUUGACUCCUUUGUGCAGAAGAUUGUUAAGGAGCACUACAGCAGCUUUGAUAAGGACAAUAUUCGAGACAUCACCGACUCCCUGAUUGAGCAUUGUCAGGAGAAGAAAGUGGAUGAAUCUGCCAACAUUCAACUCUCUGAUCAGAAGAUUGUCAACAUUGUCAAUGACCUUUUUGGAGCUGGUUUUGACACUGUGACAACUGCGUUGUCCUGGAGUCUCAUGUAUCUUGUGACAUAUCCAGAAAUUCAGAAGAAGAUUCAUGAAGAAUUAGAUCAGACGAUUGGCAGAGAGAGGAGACCCAGACUGUCAGACCGGCCCAUGCUGUUUUAUACAGAAGCUUUUAUCUUAGAGAUGUUCAGACAUUCCUCUUUCCUGCCCUUCACCAUUCCUCACUGCACAACGAGAGACACAGUACUGAAUGGCUACUUCAUCCCGAAGGACCUCUGUGUGUUUGUCAACCAGUGGCAAGUCAAUCACGAUGAGAAGCUUUGGAAAGAUCCAUCUACCUUCAACCCAGAGCGUUUCCUCAAUGCUGAAGGGACUGAAGUAAACAGGGCAGAGAGUGAGAAAGUGAUGAUGUUUGGCUUGGGGAAGAGGAAGUGCAUUGGUGAGUCCAUUGGCAGGUGGGAGGUCUUCCUCUUCUUGACCACCCUGCUCCAGCAACUGGAGUUCAGCGUAUGUGAUGGUGAGAAGGCAGACAUAACACCUCAGUAUGGACUGACCAUGAAGCACAAGAGGUGUGAGCACUUCCAGAUUAAACAGCGCUUUGAAGUGAAGAAAUCUGGGUGAGCUGCAGAUUCUCAUUGCUAGGACACAGAGGGGAAAUACAACAUCACAAUAUUUUGGCUUUUGGAAACUACCACCCAGACUGCUUUGAAGGCUGACAUGCUCUAGAGCAUAAGAUAAUACAAGCCAUGUUGACUUUGCAUCUGUACUGACAUAGUGGAGGUUCUGACGUAAAUGUACUCUCUCUGCUGCUGUCUAUUGGCAUUCAAAGACUGUAUUACAAAUGACUCAAGAAUUGGCAAAGCCUGCCAAGUAUACCCUGAGGAGCAUGCCCUGUAGUGACAUCUGACACUUCAAUUAGCCAACUCCAUCAUUCUUACCUGUAGAAACAACAGAAUCGGGCAACAUGCUUUGAUCAUGCAGCUGAUCUUGAGAGGUUUUACACUGAGUAUCUUGAGUUCUCUGCUGAACUUCCCUUAACAUCCCUGAGGUGUAGUCUUUUUAUGACAGGCACCCAGGUUUUUUUGUGUGCCUUAAUUUAGAAUAAGCGACUUUAGCCUAAGAUUAUCUCUGAUAUGUAACCAGCUGGCUAUGGCUGUGAAAUAUAUUGAAUAUAGAAUCAGAUGUAUAACCUGUAAACAGAACACAUUUUUGCAGCCAUUAUUUCUAAUCUCAUUGGCUCAUCUCAGUUGUCUAAAGGUUUUGAGGAGAAACAUAACCAGCCUUCUCCUAAAUGGCUGGGAUGAAUAAUUUUCAGAUCAGGAGCCAUUUGUGAAAUUUCCAAUCUAUUUGUGCUGGCUGAAAUGCAUCUUUUGGCAGAGAGCUAGCUCAAUACCCAUGCACUACUUAAGUCUUAUUUUGAAAGCUUGUGUGAACUUAAGUGUUGCAGAGAGGAAUGUCACCUGCUGUGUGGCUGGUCAGCUAAAUCACAUGGUAUCCUUCUCCCUGAAAUAUUUUAAAGAGGAGAAUAGUGAAACAUGCUUAUCUUGUAAGAGAAUUCAUAAAACUGUUGGGAUUUGUGAGCAUUUCCUUUAAUACUUGGCAAUUGUCUGGAUACUUGUAAAUAACUCCUAGCAAACAACUUGAUACUGUUGUACACAAAAAUAAUAUUAAUUCAGCGGUCUUACUAGACCAGAUCUAUUCAUCUAACAAACACCUUUUCAAAGUCACAAGUUAAAAUGGGUGAAAACAAAGGACAGACAGUGCGAGGGGAAACCAAAGACAUUAUUUGCCUUCAAACUGUGUAUUGCUGCUCUUAAAACUAGUUUUUAGAGAGAAUUGGUAAUAGAGUUAUAUGUUCAGUCUAGUAAAAGGGGAGGAGGGACAGUAAGUGGGACUCUAUCUUAUACUGACAAUCUCUGCUGCAUUCCAUAUGUCCAUCCAGAGUAGAUGUCUUCAUUACAAAUAAAGGAAACUUAUGUCCAUGCCCACAGCUUGCUUAUUUUGUACCUGGCUGAAAUG